AUGUUUCAUCUGCAAUUGUGUAAAAAAGCAGUCACCAAUGACAACAAAGCAGAAAAUUUUCGUUCUAAUCGCUAUUCUCGAAAGCACUUCUGGCACUCUAGCAGCCCGCUGCGCGGUAGGGACGCGCUGGACACAGGCAAGAACCCUGUGGAACACCCUCGGCGGUCAGGAUGGGGCGGGGGCGUGGCAUCGGAGCGUUUGCGGAGGGCGCGCACUCGCUCGCCCCCGCCCCCGCGGCCGUCGUCAAACACGCACUACACGCUUCCUCUUUCAGGCCGCCCCGCCCCUCCGCCACGUCCCGCACACUGGGACGGGAUCGGUUGA